GCGUACAACCCGUGUUAGUAAAUAGUGAAUUAGUCCUAAAGUUUAAACCAAUCACAGGAGCGACUGUGGAAGCUGCCCUCUCUGCACAAAGUGAAGAAGACCAUGGCAAAGAAGCUGGUGAUCAUCGACACAGACUGCGGCAUAGACGACGCUCAGGCUAUAAUGAUGGCCUUGGCGGCGCCUAACAUUGAGAUCUUGGGUGUCACCUGCGUGUUUGGGAACGCAGCGGUUAAGAAUGUGUGUCAGAAUGUUUUGAGGGUGCUCUCCGUCUGUGAGCGUGAGCAAAUUCCAGUGUUUAAAGGCUCUGGUGGUCCUCUGGUAGGAGCCAGUAACACUAUCAGUGACCACUUUGGAACUGAUGGACUUGGGGAUGUGCUUGAAGACAGAGAUCCACAAUGGGAGGAUAAAAUCCAGAGAGAGCACGCGGUCAAUGCAAUGAUCAGACUGGUGUCUGAAAACCAGAAGCAGGUCUCCUUGGUGGCUCUUGGCCCGCUCACUAAUCUGGCACUGGCUGUCAGGCUGGAUCCAUGUUUCCCCGAAAAGCUAAAAGAUCUGUACAUUAUGGGUGGCAACAUGGAAGGAAAAGGAAAUGUGACGCUAUGUGCAGAGUUUAACUUUGCAAUGGAUCCAGAGUCUGCCUACAUUGUGCUGGAAGAAUUCCUCUGCACCACACACCUCGCAUCGUGGGAGUAUUCAUGCAGAAAUGCGUUAAAAUGGGAGUUCUUUGACGAGUUGAUCAAUCAGGAUGCACCAGCUGCUCGCUUUAUGAAGACAAUAACCUCUAAAUGUUGGGCCUACUCUAAAGAAGCCAUGGUGAAUAAGAGAGAUGUGUAUUUUGGACCCGGCUUCGUCUCUUACGAUGCGUACGCCAUGGCGGCGUGCAUCGACGGCAGCGUGGUGACGGAGAGCAUCGAGUGUCCCGUCCGCGUGGAGCUGCAGGGGUCCAUCUGUCGUGGCAUGAUGGCGCUUGAUCGCACAAACAGCCUGAAAAAGAGCCACACUAUAUUUGUAAUGACUAAAUGUAAUGUUGCCAAGUUCAGUCAGUUACUCAUGGAGUCUCUCAGACAACCAUGUAAAAAGUCGCCUUAAUGGACUUUUAUAUGUUGCUAUCAAAUGUGUGAUUGUACAUCCAAGUAAAAAGAAUAAGAAUAAGAAUAAGAAUAAUAUAAUGUGUAAAAAAAAAAAUGUAAUACAUUGAAUUAAAAUGUGAUAUUUUCCUUUAAUCCUUUACUUAAAUUUGCUAACAAAUUGAAGUGAUGUACGAUACAAAGACCAGUUUACUGUAACAUACUGUCAGACUCUGAUAUACUGUAUUUCUAUUGUCUUUCCUGGAAUGGCUGUAGACAACUUAUUUACACUGUAGAUGACUGAUGCCAGUACUCGAGGCAACAAAAAAAAAAAGCCCUAUAAUGUGUUAAAUCAUAUGUAUUUUCUAUUUUUCACAAGAUUAAAAACAAUAAAAUUUCACUUUGAA